AUGCUUUAAUCAACAGGUGAAACAUCGUAAACACAACCUUCAAUAAAUUAUGCGACGGUGAAAUACUCAUUCAAAUGCGUGCGUCGUCAUCUAUUUAAAGAUAAAGUCUAUUAUGUUCAUGCUCUACCCAAUAUGAUUACAAUAGGUGAAGUAUUAAAAAUAAGUCAUCAUCUUAGCAUAUCAACGAUCCAAAUCCUAAGUACAAAUUAGAACUUAAUUUGAAAAAUAUUGUUUAUUGGAAACAAGAACAUGGCUAGAAUCGUGCCUUUGGUAUUAAAUAUAAGUAAGUUUUGAAAAAUAAGAAUAAAUUAGAAAGAAUGUGAAGUACUUUGAAGCAACUUCUGAAUAACUCUAAAAGUUUAGACAAGAAAUAAGUUGUUUAAUUGGGUUCCAUUCCCUUGAUGACCACUAUAAAAUAGAUGAACUCAUUGGCAAGGGCUCCUUCUCUUCUGUGUACAAAAUAUUUAGAUAACAUGACAAAAAAGUGUUUGCCAUGAAAUAUGUUUCCAGCAAAUAAAAGAACGACAAGGAAAACAUGGUAAAAGUACCUGUAUAUUUAUAGCAAUUAGUAGAAAACGAGAUUGGAAUUCUUCACUCCUUCAACCACGAUUCAAUCCUCAAAAUAUACGAAGUGUAUCGAGUGGAAGAGUACCAUUAUGGAAUCAUUGUUGAAUAUUUAGAUGGAAUUGCCUUAUCCACUCUCAUUGAAUAACUUAAGAAAAAUCAAUGUGUUCUUAAAGAGUCAGACAUCAAAACCAUCCUUUAAUCCUUGCUAAUAGCAUUGGCAGUAAUCCACUAGGAAUAAGUCAUACACAGAGACAUCAAACCAUAAAAUAUAAUGAUUUCACAACAACAUUAUAAUAGUGUCAAAUUUAUUGAUUUUGGACUCAGCAUUAAGAAUUAAUUGUAAUAUAAUAGAUGUGGAACUCCCGGCUACAUGGCUCCUGAAAUUGUCAACAUGAGAAAAGAUUAAUAGAAGGCGUGGACAUCUCUUUGUGAUAUUUUCAGUCUUGGAGUUGUGUUCUUUAAACUGUACUGAUGUUAUACAAUCUUAUAGAUUAUCCAAAGGAAUUAGUUGCUUCUAAGGCCAAACUUCAGAUUAAGUCUUAGCCAACAACAAGAAAUGUCAAAUUGAUUGGUCCAUAGUCCAACAACAUAAUUAUUCUAAAAACUGCAUUGUAAACUUUCAAUUCUUAUAAUUAGUAACUAUUAAAAGCCAUGUUAGCUAAAGAUCCUGAAGAAAGAAUAACAGCCUAUUAGGCUCUUCAACAUCCUUUCUUCGGAGAUGCCUUCUCAACAAUAUACACUGACUACGUCGGACAUUCAAUCAGUCUAAAAUCUAAACAAAUAUUGAAUCCAACACUUGAAAAACAUAAUCUCGAUUCCUAAGAAAGUGUGGAGGAAACCUGUGUUUAAAAGUAAUAAGUGUACAACAGGGACAUAAGACCAUCAAUUAUUAGUAGAAAGUCAUGA